AUGAGGAAGAAAACCAUAGCACACAAGCCUCCUCGAGAAAAGGUGUAUAAACUUCCAUCCAAACCCUCCACUCGCUCCCAAGACCGCACCUUCACACCUUCACCAUCUCCUCCUUCCUCUCCUCCUCACACUGCACCCAUGGCGCGAACCAAGACUACACCAAGGUACCCUGCUCCUGCCAAGCCGACGCCACCACCUAAGACGACGCCCUCCAAACCGAGCUCUUCGAAACCUGGCUCAUCCAAAGGGAAGCGUCCUGCUGUUGCAGAACCUGUUCCUGAGACAGCAAAACCUAAGUCAAGGUCUGUCCCUGUUCGAUCACAAAGAGGUAACCCUCAUCGCCCUCUCACAUCUGUUAGAGAACCAGACAUUGAUCCUUUUGCUCACAAAUCACACUACAUGACAUCUCACUCAGACUUUAACCCCCAUCGUUUUAAAUCUGCCAUGAACCAUGAUUUUUAUGAGGGAGUCGUUCAGUAUCGUACUCUAUGUCCAUCUUUUCUGGCUGAUUUACCUGAUUUGAAAAAGAAAGAUGAUUCUACUGCUCCUUCCACUGAGGGUACUUCCAUCUCCACUAGGAAGAAAUCCACUCUGCUGAAUGUGGUCAGGGAUGUUGCUCAAGAGUUUGUCUCCCAAUUGAAUCACUUGAUUGAAUUGAGCAAAGAGAAAAGGAAGCUGGCUAGCAAGCAUGAGAACUUUCUGAAGAAAUCAAGGGAUAGGGUGGCUGUACUUAUGACUUUCAUUGACAACCUUCAAAAUGAUGAAGACAUUGGCACGGAUGCUGAAGAGGAAGCUGCUUCGGAGGGAAAUGGUUCUGAUGCCUAA